GGCGCUCGAAGGCAAUUCUUUAAAAUCGGUCGUUCUAGAAGAUUUGCAAUUGUCAGCAGAAGCGUUACGGAUUUUGAUAGGUAGUGGCAUCGAUUUGGGGAAGCUCUCAACCAUAUGCAAGGACGAGCUAGAAAUUUUCUUCGAUCCGCAGCAGUGGAACCUCGACGAAAUUUUUUUUCGGAUUACGCGUUGGAGACAAGAAAAAGGUUUACAGCUCCUAGGGUUUGAGGAGGUCGUUCUUGAUGAGGGAACGUCGGUGUCUUCAUUGAUUGAAGAAUCCGUUAGCCAGGAAAACAUUGAAGAGACGUCCGCUAGUAGCUCGGAUUUCGUUGAGUCAGCUGCAUUAUAUACUCACGAAGCGAAAACGGAAGCAAACACUGAUUGUGAUGAAUACAAUCCUGUAGUUCGUCAACCACUGAAAGAAGUUUGGACUACCUCUAAGCCAUCGUCUCCUGCUAAAAAACUACAUGCUUGUCAGGCCGGAUCUUUCCUAUCCAACCGAGGAAAAAAACAGCAGUGAACCACACGGUCACAUUUCUGCCGAUAAUCAACGCAAUUCAUCAUUCGUUGAAUCGCCGAAAGAAGCUCAUGCUGGUCCUACAAAAUCCAUUGCGACGACUGCAAAACGAUAUUCUAAUUUGAUACUAUCAGGGGAAAAUUUUAACGGCCAGUGUACAACCAAAGCGCUAUCGCUCGACUCAAUCAAUCAACGUGGGUUAGCAUUUGUUGGAGCUUCCAAAAAAGAUCAAAUUCUUCCAGGUCCAUCCACUCCGGCGGAAGUAUCACCCAGAACCUUCGUUGGAUCACCGGGAAUAGUUUCAACUGCGACUGGUUCAACCGCCCAGAGCGAAAUCCGGUAUUCAGAUCAGCAACAUUUUGGAAAAUUCUUGAAACAGCCCGGUAUAUAUCGGAAAGCAAUCAAAACAGAAGUACUUUAUCCCAUCGCAUCCGGCACUGCAGGUCGGCCGACAGAAGAUUGUAUUCUUGGAAAAUCAUCUACGCCGGUCGAAAAACAACACCCUAGUAAGCAAGUUCUGAAACUUCAAACUGCUGUUAGAACACCCGCUCCCGUUCAAAAUUUACAUUCCGGUGGUGUGAAACUAUCGGAUGUGAUUCCGAAGCAUUCAAUUGUCGGUCAAGACAUAGUCAAAAUAUCACUUGACCCCCAGUCUUUUGACAGUCAAUGUAGCUCUUCAUUAGUUGAUUCUGGAGUAUCAGCUCAAAAUCAACAUCAUAGUGAGCAACAAUCUGAAAAGCCAUUGAAGCAACGCGUUACGGGACAAGAGACAGAAUCACAGGUUCCCUUUUCAACUGAAUCGCGUAAAUCGUUAGCCGUUGGAUCUUCGAAAGAAGCUUGGACUAGCACUGAUCUGCUCUAUCCAACUCAAAAUGAUUAUUUCAGUCCACAACAUUUGGAGGAACUGCUCAAGCAAACAAUCAUUGGCCAGCAUUUAAUGAAAAGAGCAGCAGUCGGCCCUCUCUCGGCAGACAGUCAACGUGAACUGGCGCAAAUCGUCAUAGAUCACCACUGUAAUGCUGGAAAACGCGGUAAAGAGGAGUAUUUGAAGGAUUACGCAAAAUCCAUCGUUGCGCUAUUCAAGUACGAAAAAAUUGAGACCUAUUUCAUCCCACGUGCAGGUGGAAGAAGAAAUCCAGGAGGAAAAUUGUUUAACAAGCUAGUCAACGUCAGGCAAAAAAACGCUAAAAGAAAAUUACGCGAAGAAGCUCAUUUGCACAGUAAGAAAAUAAUACCAGAUCCGGAUGAUUCUGACGAAUCCAAAUCUAAUGCAAUUGAGUGGCUGGAGCAUAACAAACUGCCUUGGACAACGGCGUUGGAUAAAUGGGAACACUCAUACUCUUUAAGGAAAAGGCAACUAAAGAACAAAUCCUUCGUCGAUGAGCUAUUCAACCGGUAUCAAGUCUAUCAGGAUGUGCAUGGGUAUCAAGCGAUCGACAUAGACUUCCGUUUGAUGUAUGGUGUCACUGAUGGUGUUAAGAAAUGGAAUAAUGUGUUGCCCAAACUAGUUCAGUACGUUGAUCGGCCGUACAAGGACGACAUAUCAAAAGGCAUUCUAGAAUGUUUGAAGGCCGCGGAUACUGAUAUAAACUCUAAACACUGUUCGAUACUGAUGUUGCUUAACAACGUGUUGAAGCCAACGAAGGUAACAAGAAUUUUCAAGCCAUCAGUUCUAGCUGCGCAAGAAGAAGUGAUUCUAUUCGCAGCUACAGAUGACCUAGCAUCUGCAACGUUGGACAAGUUUAUAGACGAGUACACCAAGCAUGGAUUUCAACCGGUUCCGAAACUAAUAGCGAUUGGUGAGAACCUGACCACUCUGGAAGGAGAGUUUCAAGUACGCUACAAGAAUUUUACAUACCGGUUCAACACCUUGAUCAGAGCCCUCGAUGUUCUAAUCAAAUGCAGUGCCGUUUUCGGAUUGGAACAUUCCCGUAUAUCGAGGCUGUUCAAUUCAACCGACAUCUUCACGAACCAUAACGUCGUCACUUCUGUCCGAUAACCUGGAUUCUAUCAAUCAUGCAGCCGUUGCUUUCACAUUAGAACUACACAACGAAACCAAUAUUCAUAGAAAUGAUGUUCUGACCAUUCAAAAAAAAGCAAGCCAAUUGAAUACUAACAUUGUUCAAAAGCUCGAAAAGGUUCUAGACACAGUUUUAACCGGAGAUGAAGAUGCGCAAACUAAAUUCGAGCUUAGCAAGUAUAUAGACCGACUCAAACAACCUUUCGAUUUCAUCGAUUCAGAUUACAAAUUCUUUAAAUAUAUCGAAAAUCUUGGAAUAUUUCGUUUACCUAAAUCUAUUGCUAUUGAAAACCCAAGAGAAAAAAGUAAAUCUUCACAAUGCCAGGAUGAUGAAAAUACAAAAUGUCACAUUGUAUUAAUGGAUAUAGAACAUCA